GGGGCCAUUGUCUGUACUUUUAAUGCAAUUGGCAACCCCGUUUGACUCAAUGUGAAAUGAAAUUUGAUUAGAAAAACGAAGCGGGUGAGAAAGCGGCUGGCCUUUCAACAAGCGUUAGCUUUUUCCCAGAUCUGAGCUCCAAAUUCCAAUAAGUAGAAUUAGUUCAAUCCCCUCUACAAAUUCCGUGCUUUCUGCCUUUCUUGGGUACCUUUCCUGACGAGCUGUCCGAAAAUGGCCGGAGGCUCUUUUGCGCCGGCCGGCGUGGCCAAGGAAAGGGCGCAGCAGUACCAGGGGAGGGUCACUUUCUUUGUGGUCUCGGCCUGCAUGGUUGCUGCAGUUGGGGGCUCCAUCUUCGGCUAUGACAUCGGAAUCUCAGGUGGAGUGACGUCCAUGGACCCUUUCCUGGAGAAAUUCUUCCCCGUGGUUUACAGAAAGAAGAAUUACCAUUCGAAGGACAGCAAUUACUGCAAGUACAACAACCAAGGCCUGUCAGCCUUCACCUCUUCGCUCUACCUGGCUGGCCUGGUCGCCUCCCUCGCCGCAUCGCCGGUGACGCGGAAGUACGGUCGCCGGGCGAGCAUCGUGUGUGGCGGAAUCAGCUUCCUCUGCGGGGCGACCCUAAACGCGUCCGCUAUUAAUCUCGGAAUGUUGCUGUUGGGAAGGAUCCUGCUCGGCGUCGGAAUUGGAUUUGGCAAUCAGGCGGUUCCUCUUUAUUUGUCGGAGAUGGCGCCGGCGCACCUGAGGGGCGGCCUGAACAUGAUGUUCCAGCUCGCCACGACCCUCGGCAUCUUCACGGCCAACAUGGUCAACUACGGAACCGAGAAGCUGCGGCCGUGGGGGUGGAGGCUGUCCCUGGGCCUAGCGGCGGUGCCCGCUCUACUGAUGACCGUUGGCGGCCUCCUGCUGCCGGAGACGCCCAACUGCCUGAUAGAAAGGGGGCACAAGGAGGAAGGCAGGCGGGUUCUGGAGAGGAUCAGAGGCACCCGGAAUGUGGGUGCGGAGUUCGAGGACAUGGUGGACGCGAGCGAGCUGGCGAACGCGAUAGAGCACCCGUUCCGGAACAUACUGGAGAGGAGGAACCGGCCUCAGCUGGUCAUGGCCAUCUUCAUGCCCAUGUUUCAGAUUCUGACGGGGAUAAACUCCAUUCUGUUCUACGCGCCGGUGCUGUUCCAGAGCAUGGGGUUCGGCGGGCACGCGUCGCUCUACUCGUCGGUGUUGACGGGGGCUGUGCUUGCCUCCUCGACGCUCGUCUCCAUUGCCACCGUCGAUAAGUGGGGGAGGAGGGCUCUGCUCAUCGGCGGCGGCAUCCAGAUGAUAGUCUGUCAGAUUGUGGUGGCAGUCAUCCUGGGCCUCAAAUUUGGGAACGACAGAGAGCUGUCCAAGGGGUUCUCCAUCUUGGUGGUGGUGGUGAUCUGCCUGUUCGUCGCCGCCUUCGGGUGGUCGUGGGGGCCUCUUGGGUGGACGGUGCCGAGCGAGAUAUUCCCUCUGGAGACGCGCUCCGCCGGGCAGAGUAUCACGGUCGCCGUCAACCUCUUAUUCACCUUCGCCAUUGCCCAGUCCUUCUUGUCCCUCCUCUGCUCCUUCAGAUACGGCAUCUUCCUCUUCUUCGCCGGGUGGAUCACCAUCAUGACUCUCUUCGUGUUCGUCUUCCUACCCGAGACGAAGGGCGUCCCCAUCGAGGAGAUGAUUCUCCUGUGGAGGAAGCACUGGUUCUGGAAGAGGGUAAUGCCUCCUGUGGCUGAGCAAGACGAUGAUGACUCCUCCCCUGCGUCCAACCACCUGCAGCUCUAGAUGUACCUUUAUAUAUAUAUAUAUAUAUUAAGGUAGAAAAUCUUGUACAUCAAUUGGCUUCCUCUUGGGAUUCAUUAUUUUUAUUGAGAUUGCAGUCAAGAUAUGAAUAAAUAGAGAGAGAGAGAGAUCCAAAUUUGAAACAUAGUGGGAGUUGGUGGGAUGACAAAGAAGCAGCAGCCAUUUUAUGCAAUGCAAAGGUGAUGAUCUUCAGACAGACUGAACACAAAAUAACUUGCAAAAGAUGGGGAAAAAAGAAAGACAGCAGCCUCUGCAAAAGUCUAUCGUAGCAGGCAGGCCCCUCCAAAUUCUAGAUCAAUGAUAAUCACAGAGGCCCAUUGUCGCCCCACCAUUCUCACCUUCUUCCACUUUCCUCUCAAAAGCAUCCUCAAUCACGCUCUCACAAAUUACAUUCCUUCCCUUUCGCUCUAUGUUCUCUUUUCUGCCGUCACCGCUAUUUCAUGGCAGUAGGUUUCCAUUGAUGCACCUACCGUUUGUCUUUCCUUUUUCC